AUGACUGAGCUGAUUAUGCCAAAGGUGAAUGAUGAGUUCAAAUCUUUAAAAGCUUUUGAAAAUGCUGCUAAAUCAGCUGCUAAGUAUAGAGGGUUUGCUUUUUCAAGAAAAGAUAGCAACCUUACUGGACAUAAUGGCAAGUCAUCUUUUGUUGUUGUCACAAAGACUGAAUUUAAACAUAAUCACUCCAUGCUUGAAUUGGAAGAAGUUGCAACUUUUCCUCAAUAUCAUUCUAUAAGCUUAAGUCAAAAAAUUCUUGUAAAACAGUUACAUAAUAAUAAUACACCUACUCAAGUUAUAACAGCAGCCGUUAACAGGACUAUAGAUAGUAAAAUGAUUCUUUCAAAAGACAUUAUUAAUAAAUAUGCUUAUAUUAGACUUGCUUUGAACAAAGAAGUAGCUAAAUGUAUUGCUAAGUGUCCUGAGGUUCUUAUUGUGGACUCUAUAUAUCAAACCAAUAUCUAUAAAUAUCUUCUUGUCAGCAUGAUUGAAGAUGAAAAUAAAGCAUUUUUGAAAACUGAUAAGAUAUUGCAUCUUCUGAAACAAAAUUUAAAAGUUAAUUGUCACAAACUUUUUAAACCUGAUGAUGAUUAUGAGGCAUUCAAGAAAGAUAUUGAAGCAUUAUGA